UUCACUCGGCGUCCUUCUUCCGGCGCAGAGAUGCCGUGAUGGAUCUCAAACAAGUGAAAGAGUGGGGCGUGUUAAUUUGCCACUGUUGAUAAUAAGAGCCACUUCGUGCGUCACGGUGCGCUCUCCACCCAGUACGUCAAUUGUUGGCAGUGCAGCACGUGAUGCUCCGUCCUGCACUGUCCUGUGAGCGCUCAGUCAGUACCACAGCCGCUCACACACACACACAUACACAUACACAUGCUCGUGGUGGAUGUAUUCAUGCCUCUCUCCAGAUAUUCUCUGAGAACUGCGAUCGCUUAAGCCCGGAUUUUACUGCUACACAAGACUCACGGACUGAAGCCAAGAACUGAAAUCCAGCAAUCGCUCUUCAGCAUCGCUCUUCCUUUCAUCCCCACCUGACGUUUGGCCUCUGUCACUUCUUCCCGUCUCUCGCUCUCUGUUUCUCUCUCCACUCGCCCCCACCCCCACCCCCCUCCUGACCCUCAGCCUCCCUGAUGCCUAAGAACAGCAAGGUGACACAGCGCGAGCAGAGCCAUGAGCACGUCACAGAGUCGGUGGCUGACCUGCUCGCACACGAGGAGCCGCUCGACUACAAGAGCAGCUCCCUGAAUGUCGGAGGGGCGGCGGGGAAGAAAGUCCCUCAGAUAGAGGUCCCUGAAAACGAUGGGCGACCCGCCUGGAACAGCAAACUGCAGUACAUCCUGGCCCAGGUGGGCUUCUCUGUGGGCCUGGGGAACGUGUGGCGCUUCCCUUACUUGUGCCAAAAGAAUGGAGGAGGCGCCUAUCUGGUUCCUUACUUCAUCCUCCUCCUCAUUAUUGGCAUCCCUCUCUUCUUCUUGGAGCUGGCAGUGGGUCAGAAGAUCAGGCGUGGAAGUAUCGGGGUGUGGAACUACGUCUGUCCCCGCCUGGGUGGAAUAGGAAUGUCAAGUCUGAUGGUGUGCGGCUUUGUGGGUCUCUACUAUAAUGUGAUCAUCGGUUGGAGCAUUUUCUACUUCUUCCAGUCCUUCCAGUAUCCUCUCCCAUGGAGUGACUGCCCAAUCAGAAAGAAUGGGACACUUGCCAUUGUGGAGCCAGAAUGUGACAAAAGCUCUGCUACGACCUAUUUCUGGUACCGGCAGACUCUGAACACGACCAGCACCAUCGCAGAGAGCGGCGGCCUCAACAUCAAAAUGACCCUGUCUCUGCUGGUAGCCUGGAUCAUUGUCUGCCUCGCUGUCAUUAAAGGAAUCGCUUCCUCUGGGAAGGUGAUGUACUUCAGUUCUCUUUUCCCCUACGUGGUGCUGUUCUGUUUCCUGGUCAGGGGUUUAAUGCUGAAGGGCUCCGUAGAUGGUAUCGCUCACAUGUUCACACCCAAGUUGGAGAAGAUGCUGGAACCGCAGGUGUGGAGGGAGGCCGCCACCCAGGUCUUCUUUGCCCUCGGUCUGGGUUUUGGAGGAGUCAUUGCCUUCUCCAGUUACAAUAAGAUUGACAACAACUGCCACUUUGAUGCCGUGCUCGUCUCUGUCAUCAACUUUUUGACCUCCAUUUUGGCCACACUGGUUGUGUUUGCUGUGUUGGGCUUCAAGGCCAACAUCAUGAAUGAAAAGUGUGUUGUGGAGAAUGCAGAAAAGAUCCUGGGAUACCUCAACUCCAACGUCCUGAGUCAUGAUCUUAUUCCUCCACAUGUGAACUUUUCCCAUCUCACCACGUCGGACUACGCUGAGAUGUACGGGGUCAUUAAAACGGUCAAAGAGGACAGCUUUCCCCAGCUGGGUCUGGAGCCGUGUGUUCUGGAGGAUGAGCUGAACAAAGCUGUCCAGGGCACCGGCCUGGCCUUCAUCGCCUUCACAGAAGCCAUGACGCAUUUCCCAGCAUCUCCCUUCUGGUCAGUCAUGUUCUUCUUCAUGCUCAUCAACCUCGGUCUGGGCAGCAUGAUCGGCACCAUGACUGGCAUCACCACACCUGUCCUUGACGCCUACAAAGUCCAGAAGGAGCUUUUUACAGUGUGUUGCUGCAUCAUCGCUUUCUUAUGCGGCUUGUUGUUUGUUCAGCGGUCGGGAAAUUACUUUGUCACCAUGUUCGAUGAUUAUUCGGCUGGUCUGCCUCUCACUGUAGUGGUCAUCCUGGAAAAUCUGUCUGUUGCUUGGAUAUAUGGCACCAAAAGGUUCAUGCAGGACCUGGAGGACAUGUUAGGUUUCCGACCUUAUAUUAUCUAUUUCUACCUUUGGAAGUACGUCUCCCCUCUCUGUCUUAUCGUUCUCAUCUCGGCCACUGUCAUCGAGAUGGCCAUCAGCCCACCAGGAUACAACGCCUGGGUUGAAGAGCUGGCUCAGGAACGCUUCCAGAGCUAUCCUCCCUGGGCUCUGGCCAUGUGCUUCGCUCUUAUCGUUGUGGCCAUGCUUCCGCUCCCUGUUGUCUUCAUCGCCCGACACUUCAACUUGAUGUCAGACGGCUCUAACAAGCUGUCUGUCUCUUACCAUAAAUCUAUGAUGAAGGACAUAUCCAACCUUGAGGAGCAGGAUGAGGCUAGAUUCAUCCUUGGAGGCAAACCAGGCGAGGCCCCAUCAUCAGGGCCAGCACGCAAACCCUUCCUGACAUCUGGAGGAAACAAACCCAUGGACUCCCUGUCUCCAAACAUCUGCUAUGGUACUAGCUACCAAAAUGCUGCCAUAAGCCCCACCACACCAACUACACCAAGCACACCUCUCACACCAGAGUCUGACUCUUGACUGUUGCCCAGUCUUGACAGACUCCCCUCUGACCACCCCUGUAGCACAACUUUACCCAUGAGGUCUCCACUGGAGCUCAGCGCAGCUCCAGGAAUCCUCACCACUGCCCUGCUAACGCCACAAAACUGUACGUAGCCAUCCAGUUUAUGAGCGCUUCCAAAAUAACACAAAGGAACUUCAUGAGAAGAUUUCCAGAAUGUUUCCGAGCAUCUGGAAGUUAGAAAACAGGAAAAAAGGGAUGCAUUUCACUCUUUUACAAUAAACAAAACUCUGGAAUCAGGUUGAGAUUAACAGUGACACACUACAUCUGUAUAUAUUUAAAAACAUCAGGUUAAUGUGUUCAGAAUGAAGUUCUGUGAUCUGAUUUUCUUUGCCUUAGUUUAAGGAUCCCCUAGCAGACACCGACCCCAUAGUAUAAGGAAAAUGUCUGCACAGUGCAGGUAGUGUGAAAGAGUGAAUGUAGUAGAGUUUGUGAGGUUCUGCUGGUUUCCUAUGUAGCAAUAAUGGGUGUCAAAGCCAUGUACCACUUAAUACACAGCAGGUUUUCUUUAUAUUAGAUGUUAUGCAGUCGACAAGGUGCAGCUGAAAAGUUCCAAAACCAUACCUGAUUCAGAUUUGGACAAAUUGUUCUUCAAGGUCAUGCUCAGCACAGCUGUGGGAAGUCCCAUUUUCAUUCCACAGUGUGCGCUGUGAAUUCAAGUCACAACUAAACUCUACUGUAACGUCCUGAGGUGUCUGAGGAAGACAUUCACAGCAAACCACCUGACCUGUGGUGUUUGCCACUGUGUGUUGGCGCACAAGAAAUAAAAAAAAACACAAAACACUCGACUCUGUAUGUUUAAGAAAAUGACCUUAAAGGUGAGCACUUCCAAAUUAAGAUCAGGUAACGUUUUUGGCCACAGACUCGCAGCUCUGUUCUGAUGCCGUGAGAUUUGUUUUCAUAGGACUAUGAUUUGUAAAAUAUGCUAAGACGACUCUAAAGGCACCCGUUUAUGUUCCAAUCAGACCCCACAUCCACCUCCUCCUGUAAUUUGUGUGUAGAGUCUAUUGUUGUUGUUCAUUUUGUAAAAACAAAACAAGGUGUAAAAUCACAAUGUACAGUAUAGUUAUAGUAAUAUAACAUACCUUUAGGACUCUGGGUUUUAUUAACCGGGAGCUCAAACAACUUUCAUUAUCCAUCACUCUCACGUCUUCGUCUCUGUGCUGUAGAAAUACACUCAUUUCAGUUUCUCCACCAAAGAGUUAAAAGUAAACAACAAAACACUUGAAAUCUGCUCCAGAAUAACAGACCUGUUACACUGGACUGCAGUGAAAGUGAACUACAACCCAAAACACAAGGCGGGCACGAAGCACGCAAAAUUUGCUUUUCUCCUCCUUCAAAAAAGCACAAAGGAGAUUUUGACUCACUGAGCACAAGCAGAUUAUUGGCUGGAAUUGUCUCAAGCAUUGAUCCACAUAUUAAAAUUAACUCCUGCCGAGACAUAUUAUGGGACACACAGCAAUAUAUAUUUAUAUUGGAGCACAAACUCUGUUAACUUUGAACAAAAAAAAUGAACUUAAAAUAAGAAAAAUAUCUACGGACCAAAAGAUUAAAAAGGAAAAAUCCCAAUUCUGUGAACUUAUCAGCCGACCUGAUAGUGUGCACCUUUGAAAGCCUUAGACUCCUCAUGCACAGACAGAAAUACACAUGCACACACAUACACACUCUGUGUUACAGGCCCUGCCGUGGCGCAGCAGGGAUUACGGUGAUGGUCGCUGACUUGAGUUUAAACUGAGCACAUUUUAAUUCCUAUUUAAAGGAAUCUUUAAUUUAUUUUUUUAUCACAAUAUUUAAAGCCAUGGUGUUUAGGUAUAAAUGGACUAUAUUUAUAUUCCUGUAUAUUUGCUGUUACGUAGGCGUGAUGAAUUACAAAGAUUUAUCUUUUACAAGCGUUUAGUAUGUAUACUGUGUAUUUUAAUCUUGUGUGACGCUUAUUGAGUCUGUACAUUUUAGGACUGUUCUGUAGUUUGUGGAGCUGAUCGUGGACAUGAAAAUGAUGCUGCACUGUGGAGCUGAUGUACGGUCUUGUUUAGUCGUGUGUGUCCACUUCCGGUUUAGUGGUCUAAUCGUUCGCCAAAAGAUGCUCUCAAAAUGUCCUGUUAGCCAACAGGUUCAUGAAAGGUUGUCUCUAAAUACGCUAAAUAUGUUUAGCGUAGAUGACACAGCAUGCUAACAUCCUGAGCAGAUAUCUUUCCAGAUGUGUACAAAACAUGCAAGCACAUUUUUUUUUUAGGUUGAACCACUCUGAGGUCACCCAUUGAUUUUGGACUUUGUUCAACUUUUUAAUCCUCUGGUAUUUGGACAAGACUGUGGCAUGCUAAGUUAUAAGCUAAAGUUAGCAGGCUUGCUACUAAGCUGCAUUCAUAAUCUGUACAGCUUCAAUGCACAAUAAUAAACACCUGCUAAUAAAGCUCAACAACAAGGUUCCAGAAAGUAAAUUUCUCCACAGGGAUUUUAAUUAUGAGCUAUAAUGUUUUAGCCGUCUAAAGUAGACUCACUACAAGCUACAACAUAAUCAAACUAUGGUGCGACAAAUCUGCUCCUGUGGAGACCAAAAAGUCUGCAUGAGAUGGAAAAGAACUACACUAACCACAAUCCUAAAUUGAAAAAGUGACAUCUCUGAUGAUGGAGGUUGUUGUUACCAUGGAAAUGUUAAAACGAGCAAACAUCGGGUCAUUUAGUGAGCGGUGAUUACAGUCAUUACUGAAGCAUUGAGUUAUAGGGAUGUGUAGUUCUUUUACCAUUAAAAGUACUUAUAUACAUAGUCUGGUACUUUUGUCCCGUUUUAUUUUUUCUUUGUGUUUUUAUUCACCUUAUAGUUGUUUAAAACUACGGUUUAAAAAGUUUAACACUCUUUAUAUUAAGAUUUUCUGAAACAUUAGUGAAGGAAACAAAUGGAAAAUUAACUUCUGGAACCAGAACCUUUAAAAAAGUUAGUGUUCACUGUUGAGCUGUGUUAAGAAAGGCCACACCCCUGACUCUAGUAUCCAGAUCUAUUAGAUUAAAAAACAUGUAGCCAACACAGAGUCAAUAAAAGGGAAAUUUAUCCAUAGAAGCAAAGAACAUUUUUCAUUUUUAGUGCUUCAAAGGUUAGCAUCUUAACAUGGGAGCCUAUAGGGAUUGACUCACUUUUGGAGCCAGCCUCAAGUGGCCACCAGAGGAACUGCAAUCCUGGAGGUUGCUGCUUGGGUGGUCCACACCUUUGCAAAUUUAUUUAGAGGCAGGGGAAAAAGUGCUGAUUCAAAAACACAGCAUCCAGACAAACACUUUACUGGAAAAAUCAUAUUGGGGGGAAAAACACAGACACAUGUAUCAGGAAUAUGCUGUGUUUUUUUCAACUGCUCUAUAUGUGAAAAAUACAGUUUCCUUUAACAGUGUAAGGAUUCAGAAAUGAAUGUAACACGGUAGGUUUGAUCCACAAAGUGGGAUUUUUUUUUCUGUUUGAUUGGUUUUGUUUUUCUCUCUGAAUCAAACAUUUUCAGCUUCCAAGCACAUUUUUUAUCCAAGUUUGCAUGGAGAGACCUGAGCAAAGGGUUUGGCUAAUCCUCCUUUGGCAAUGUUUUCGCCCCCUGGUGGUAGCUCUAUGAACAGCAAGUUGUGACAGUCCAUUCAGGAAUUAGUUUUCUGCUGUGUAAUGAGUGGAUCACUAGUGUGGUUACAGAUGUUUUGUGUUUGGUGUGUGAGCCGUUUUAGUGUAAGAGUGUAUCACGCAGACAUCUCUGGUGUGUUCAUGUCUGUAAAUAAUGUUAUGUAACCAAACUAUUCUGGAGAUAGAUUUUAUUAACGUGAUGUAGAUUAAUGUCUUCAAAGUUUUAGCAGUAAGUAUAACAAAAGUUAGAAAUGAAUGUGAUCAAUGCACUUUUUUCACAAGACUGCAAAAAGCUAACGUCUGUUUUCGUUGUCUUGUUUCCAGUACAUUUCAAAUUUGAUGAAAAGCAAUAUGAUGUUAUUUAAAUGACAGAAUAACUGUGGCUGAAAGCAAAUCCUGUCUGUGAAAAGCAAUCCUUAGAAAUAACCCCCAACACUGAUGUGUGCACAUGUGUGUGUGUGUGCGAGAUGUGAGUUUGGCUUGGUGUGUGCAAGGCCUUAGUGAGCACACACUUCAAACACUAUACAGGAGACACAUGUCCCUUUACAGCUUCCCUCUCCUUCCUCUUUCAUUUUAUGAAUGUAUCAUACUGAGAAAUACUGUAAAAAUUGUGACCAUAAAAAAUUAUUCUAAUAAAGAGUGGACAAGC